AUGAGUCAGCUGUUCUACAAAGUGUGCGAUGUAAGACUGCUUUCUCCAGUGUCUUCAUCUCUGCGUCAUCCCCACUGCCCCCGGCCGUCACAGAGCUCUGCGUCAUCCCCACUGCCCCCGGCCGUCACAGAGCUCUGCCUCCUCACCACUGCCCCCGGCCGUCACAGAGCUCUGCCUCCUCACCACUGCCCCCGGCCGUCACAGAGCUCUGCCUCCUCACCACUGCCCCGGGCCGUCACAGAGCUCUGCCUCCUCACCACUGCCCCCGGCCGUCACAGAGCUCUGCCUCCUCACCACUGCCCCCGGCCGUCACAGAGCUCUGCCUCCUCACCACUGCCCCCGGCCGUCACAGAGCUCUGCCUCCUCACCACUGCCCCGGGCCGUCACAGAGCUCUGCCUCCUCACCACUGCCCCCGGCCGUCACAGAGCUCUGCCUCCUCACCACUGCCCCCGGCCGUCACAGAGCUCUGCCUCCUCACCACUGCCCUCUGCCUCAUCACCACUGCCCCGGCCGUCAUAGAGCUCUGCCGUCACAAAGCAGAUAGCACCGAUAACCUCGACAGAUGGAUUUCGUUUGCUUCUUUGCUCACGGCUGCCAGCGCGUCUCUGUGGAACAUGCUGGGUUCAGAGCGUGGCGUGGUGGAAGAAUGGCUCUUAGAAUUCAAGUCCCUUCCAGAGACUCAGAUCUCCAGUUACGCAGGCAGCCUCCAUCAGAAGAAGAGCCUGGUCCCAGCGCUCUACAGAGUCAUCCAGGAUCCAAACAACGAGCUGCUGGAGCCCGUGUGCCACCAGCUGUUCGACCUGUACCGCAGCUCGGAGCAGCGCCUGCGGCGCUUCACGCUGCAGUUUCUGCCAGAGCUGCUGUGGGUGUACCUGCGGCUCACGGCCAGCAGGGACCGCCAGAGCAACGGCUGCAUCGAGGCGCUGCUUCUGGGCAUCUACAACCUGGAAAUCGUGGACAAAGAUGGCAACAGCCGGCUCCUGUCGUUCACCAUCCCCUCCCUGUCCAAGCCCUCCAUGUACCAUGAGCCGUCCAGCCUGGGCUCUAUGGCGCUGACAGAGGGGGCGCUGUGUCAACACGACCUGAUCCGUGUGGUCUACAGCGGGAUGCACCCCCAGAGAGAGACCUUCACCGCUCAGAACAGGUUUGAAGUGCUUUGCUUCCUGAUGCUGUGCUAUAACUCUGCCGUGGUCUACAUGCCUCUGUCCUCUUACCAGUCCGUCUGCAGAAUGAGCUCACGGCUGUGUGUGUGCGGCUUCCCUCGGCAGCAGCAGAAGCUCUGGAGAGAACCGUGUAACCGUGUGCUGCUGGACCCAGAGUUCAUGGUGCAGAUGCUCACCGCCGUUUACCACGCCAUAUAUAAUGGUGAGUGGGAGCUGGGACGGGAGGCACUGGAAGACGUCCUGUACAGGGCUCAGCUGGAGCUCUACUCACAGCCACUGCUGCUGGGGAACGCCAUGCAGAACUCUCUCCCGGAGAGCGCACCUGACGACCCGCGAGGACGCAAGGUCCUGCAGGUGGAGGUCACACCCACCAUCAGCCGCAUCUCCAUCUCUGCCAUCACCACGGCCUCCAUACGGCGCCACCGCUGGAAGAGAGAGGAGGCUGAUGGGAUGAGCGGAGGAGAGGACUCUUUCAACAUCAACGACCCCGACGAGGGCUUCUCCUCCGGGGCGUCCAACAGCAGCCAGCCCAGUGCCACCAAGCCGAGCAGCAAGUCCAGCUCCAGAGCGAGCCUGAAGGGAGCCAGCGGCAGCAGCUUCAAGAAGGCCAUCAGCGCCCGUCUGUACCGGGACAAGGAGCCGGAGAAGAGGCACCAGCGCCCGCACACGCCGCCCGGCAGCCUCCACGCGGACGCCAUCCAGCUCAGCCCCAUCAAGAAACACCUGAGCUUCCCCGCCUUCGAGGGCAGUGGCCUGAAGCUGACCGGGGCCGAGCAGGACGGGGACGAGGGGGAGAGGGGAGCGGGCGGAGUAGCAGGAGCCUCCAGGCGUCAUUCCACUGUCAGCCUGCAGGAGGAGCACCUGGGGGGGCACCAGGUGGACCCGGCGGGAGCGCCCCUCACCAAACAGUCGCGCUCCCCCAGCUUCAACAUGCAGAUCAUAUCACAGGUCUGA